AUGACGCCCCUCAUUACUCUUUCCUCAGCUCUGUUCCACCGAGCCCCAGUGGUCAGACCUGCGCUUGCCUCAGCAUUUCUCCAGGACCGCUCUACUCCGGGGGUGCAGCACAUCCACCUGUCCCCCAGUCACCACGCUGGCUCCAAGGCUGCAUCUGUCCACUGGACUGGUGAGAGGGUCGUCAGUGUUUUGCUCCUGGGCCUGCUCCCAGCUGCUUACUUGAAUCCCUGCUCGGCGGUGGACUACUCCCUGGCAGCAGCCCUCACGCUUCACAGUCACUGGGGCAUUGGACAGGUUGUUACUGACUAUGUCCACGGGGAUGUUUCCCAGAAAGCUGCCAAGGCAGGCCUGUUGGUACUCUCAGCCGUGACCUUUGCUGGUCUUUGUUAUUUCAACUACCACGACGUCGGUAUCUGCAAAGCUGUGGCCAUGCUAUGGAAGCUCUGACUUUUUUACUUCAUACCCUGAAAAUUGAUUGUAUACCUCUUUGCCUCUGCUCCGUUAUGCCAUUCGCCUGUCAAUAAGAGGAAAUAACAGAUAUGUCCAAAGAUUAAACCUGCAGAGAACCAUAUGACUAGGAAAAAGUGUGAGAAGAAUUGUAUUCAUGAGGUAGACUGAGUUCCAUUUUCUUGUGAGAUGAUAAUGGAAUUAGCUCCUAACUACUCCCCAAUCCCACAGUAUAACAAAAGGUAUAUGAGCCCUUGACUUUUAAUUAGAUAGUCUCUAAGCGAGAAUUCAGUUUGUUAUUGUCAGCACGUUAUGAUUAAAGCUCUUCUGUUUGUUCAGGGAAUGAUAGAAAUUGGGCAGGACUGCUAACUCUUAAAGAUUUAACAGAAAAUUAAACUAUGCUUAAUUGUUGAAAAUUCUGCUCUCUGUUCUGUUGAAACCUUUAACUGAUGCCCUAGGGUAAGUUUAAAGUUAGAGAAUUUUGGUAAUCUCACAUUAUUAAUUUCUCAAUCCCAAGAGUAAGGAUGUGGGGAAAUUUUGAAUAUAGAGAAGUUCCAUUGAGAGAAGAGGUUGCCUUGUAGAGGUAUUAAAUUCUUAUUGAGUCCAAACUGAAUGUUAACCUGUAAAUAUUAUUUGCUGAUCUCUCAACAAACUGCUGUUUUCUUACUUUGGGCAUGUCUUAUGGAAACAUAUAUUCGAUGAGAACCGAAAACUUACAUGCUCGCUAAUUAAAGUAUAUUCUAGUCUUGUA